AUGAUGUCAAUGAACAGCAAGCAGCCUUUUAGUAUGCACCCGAUCCUCCACGAGCCCAAAUACGCCCCCCUGCACUCCAGCUCCGAGGCGAUCCGCCGGGCCUGCCUGCCCACACCGUCGCUCCAGGGCAACAUCUUCGCCGGCUUCGAUGAGACUCUCCUGCAGAGGGCCGAGGCUCUGGCCGCCGUGGACAUCGUGGCCCAGAAGAGCCACCCGUUCAAACCGGACGCCACCUACCACACGAUGACCACCAUGACAAGCAUGACGUGCACGCCGACGUCCUCCUCCGCCCACCUGCACCACCCGUCGGUACUCACGUCGCACCACCACCAUCCGUCGCACCACCAGCCCUCCCAGGGCCUGGAGGGGGACCUGCUGGACCACCUGACACCGGGCGGCAUCUCUCUCGGGGGCAUGCCCAGCUCGGACGUCUGCUCCACGGCGUCGCACACCGCGCACGCCGCCCACAUGUCGGCGGCCAUCAACCACAUGCAGCACCACCACCACCACGCACAGUCCAUGAACAUGCACACGCACGGUCUCGCCGCGCACGCCUCGCUCGGCGGCGGCGGCGGCGGCGGAGACUCGGAGCCGGACCCGCGCGAGCUGGAGUCAUUCGCCGAGCGCUUCAAGCAGAGGCGGAUCAAGCUCGGCGUGACGCAGGCGGACGUGGGUUCGGCCCUGGCCAACCUCAAAAUCCCCGGUGUGGGCUGCCUCAGCCAGAGCACCAUCUGUCGGUUCGAGUCCCUGACGCUGUCGCACAACAACAUGGUCGCCCUCAAACCGAUCCUGGAGGCCUGGCUGGAGGAGGCGGAGAGGGCGCAGCGGGAGAAAAUGUCCAAACCGGAGAUUUUCAACGGCGGGGACAAAAAGCGGAAGCGCACGUCCAUCGCGGCGCCGGAGAAGCGCUCCCUGGAGGCCUACUUCGCCGUGCAGCCGCGGCCCUCGUCGGAGAAAAUCGCCGCCAUCGCCGAGAAACUUGACCUGAAAAAGAACGUGGUGCGGGUCUGGUUCUGCAACCAGAGGCAAAAGCAGAAACGCAUGAAGUUCUCUGCCGCGCACUAG